AUGUAACUUGUGAUACACGAAGUGUGGGCCUUGGACAAUACUGUUUACCGAAAGUGUCCAAUGGUUUUAACGUCCCGUACAACAAUUGUGUUAAUCGAUAAGUAUAAUCGAUAUUAAGAUUUGAAAAUGUGAUGUAAUUCAAAUUGAUGUAUUUGCACUAAACUGUAUCCGAGACGAUUGUGUAGGUUGUUUUGGUAGCUGUUUCGAUCUUCAGACAUUCCACACAUUAUGUAUGUAAAUUUAUUCAAUAGCUUGUAAUCGUAAAAAAUUAACCGAUCGAUUGACGCAAUUUCACACUCUCUGUUUAGAAUAUUUACCAAACAUUACUUUACUUUAGUUUGUAAUUAAGACCUUUGGGGCGGGGAGAGGGGUGGAUGAGGCUGCUUUUCGAGUCCUCUUAUAUUUAAAAAAGAAAAAUUCAAGGCUCUCCCAUAAGCUUUGGCUUCAUGGCCAUAAAGCCUAUCUAUAUUUUAUUAUGUGUUGACCGUGGAAAUAAAUGUUUCUUAAAAUGAAAGCAAGAGAUUAUGAAUUAUGUUGUUGAUAUAUUUAUCAAAUUAAUCGUCUAUUAAAAUAAACAGAACCGCCUUUAAAUUCUUAAUUAAAAAUUGCCAUUGCACGUUCGGGGACACCGUACAACGUUUCGUAAAAAACACACGACGACUGUUCUGUUAUUCCGAUCUGGAAUAAAAACAUACUUCCUUGGUUGGUUGGCAUUGUGUUUUCCUUCCUCCAUGGUUCAUGUGACUGUUUAAUUAAGAGAAGAGCUGUUUGAAUAAAAGACAAAGAGUGUACUGUUAGUGUACGUUCAGAGUUCAUUAAAAUCUGUCUAGUUCUUCUGAUAUACUCCGAGCGAAACCCCGAACGAAACUCUUGGUUUCAGUCUAGAAUAAUUUGUCAGCAGUGGACAACUCGACCAAACACUCAGCCAGCUGCCGGCCGUGCGUAGAGUAGAGCAAGAGUAACCACAAUUUUUGUGCCGUCGCCGUGAAGUUUUCUUCCGUGGAGCCUAGCCAGCCGUGAACAUGAACCACGAUCACAUGGACAUGACUACCAUGAUGCCUGGUAUGGGUCAUAACAUGUCAGAGGGCAUGACCCAUGACCCCAGUCACACGAUGGAGGGCGGUAUGGAUCACGAUGGAAUGGAUCAUGGUGACGGGAUGGACCAUGGAUCGAUGGGACAUUCGAUGACAUUCUACUUUAGCACCACAGUGAUGAUUCUUUUUGAAGGAUGGAAUGUGACAACAGUUGGAGGACUGGUCGGAUCCUGCAUUGCGAUCUUUUUCCUGGCCAUGCUCUACGAGGGGCUGAAAGUCUUCCGCGAAACCCUUCUGCGUCGUUCAGCGGUAAACAUUCGCUUCCACAGCAUGCAGAUAGCCAAAGGGUCUGAGGCCAUGUUGACUGAGACGCACCGUGCUGGAGAAUCUCGUAUUAUAAGCUUCAGUCAUGUCAUCCAGACGCUUCUCCACAUGGUUCAAGUCACUGUAAGCUACUUCCUUAUGCUCGUCUUCAUGACCUUCAAUGGCUGGCUCUGCAUCUCGGUCAUCCUCGGCGCUGGCUUCGGAUAUUUUCUCUUCGGUUGGAAACGGGCUAUCGUGGUAGAUGUCAACGAACACUGUCACUAGCAACUUGGUUUUGAUAAAAAAAGGUAUUUUUUUCUUUAGUAUCCGGAAAAUAAAUAAUGUCUGUCAGGGGAGUGUCAUUUUGUUUAUUUCUUUCUUUAAUAUUUACCUCCCCAUGCUUUUGGCAAUGAACGACAAACGACCGUACUAGACGAAUCCUUGGGCUUCGUCUUCAAAACUUGGGUUGAUCUUUUUUGUCCAACAGUGCCUCAACUUUAGAACUUUAGAAUUCUCAGUACUCCAUCAAUGUAUGAUCAACUAAGAUCUAGAGUUCUUAACUCUUUUGAACACGUUUUAGUGGCUCUUUGAUUCUUAAAGUGUAAAUUGUGUCCCUCAAUGUUUCUGUCAAUUUUGUUUCUUGUGAGCUUAUUUCUUUUCUUCUUUUAAAUUUUAAAUUACUUUUUUUUUGGGGGGGGGGUGGGGUCAGGCAAAGAAUAUGCAAAUGUUUACCACCCACUGUAGAACUUUUGUUUUGUAGCUUCAUGUUGUAAAGUUUUAUCCACUCAAACCAGAGGCGUAACCAAACAUUUCCAUUUAGUUCACGUCUUUGUUUGAGGGGGAGGGGGGGAACAGGGUGAUUACAUUAAUGCGGGGAAGGGUGGGGGAGAGGUGUGCCCCUCCUCCACCUACCCCUGGUUACGCCGUUGCAAAAACAGAUUUAGUUUAAGUUCAACAAACAGAAAAUGUACACUGUAUGUGUUUUAUUAUCUAAUCAGAAGAAUUGUUUAGACAGCUUAAUACUGCAAACUUGUUAAUCUUAUGCUGCCAGGGUGUAUGUCUUUAAUAAAGUUUGUGAGCGAUCAUUUUAUAAAUGAUUAGUUUUAAAAUGCAGGAUUAGUUAGCAGGUAUUACACAAGGCGGGAAAAAAACAACUUCAAGCUGAUCUUAAAAUUCAUUCCAUUCCCAAUCCCCCAGACAAAUCGUUCUGAUCAACUUUGAGGAAAUAGCAUGUGACUAUCUCACAAAUCACGGUUGCUUAUUUGAUCGCUGCAACCAAAAUAAGGUUAUUACGAACAUUCACAAACUCUCUUUAAAAACAUCAGUUUCCACUAAAACAUAACCACCUAAUUUGAUGCAAUUUUCACAAGUAAGCUUUAUUUGAAAGAUGUGUUUAAAGAAAACUAGUAUCUAUGGGAAUUUAUUGACUCUUCCAACAAAACAAUUCUGUACUCCAUGUUUACCUGCUGUUUUUUAAAGAUGAUUACGCAGUCGAUUAUAUUUAUACAGAAAUGCCUUUAUUAAAAUGCUGCUUUUAAUCGAGCAAUUAAAUUCAAAUGUAGAGGUUGGGGUGGUGGUUUUAUAAUUCAAUACAGGACUUGCCCUCUGUCAGAGGCUACAAAGAGGGCGCUGUCAAAAGACGCUUCAUGUCAUAAAGCAACUGGCCCCCCCGCAUUAUUUUUUGUUCAUGUGAUACAUCUAACACAGUUUAUAGUGAUCAUGUUUAAUAUGAAAUGUAUUGUGUUGAAAUAUGUGCUAGGAAAAGUGAAGCGGGGAUCGUGAUAGUUGAGUAAUAGUGAAUAAGAACGUCUUGCACCAAGACUAAUGCAAAGAGUCCAGUGAAGCCUCCAUCUUGUAUUCAGUUGACUCAAAAGCAUUUCAACAUCUUGAAUGUCGAUCUUUUGUAAAGAACUGCAACUAAGUAAGUUACGCGUACAUGUUUCUUUGAUCAUACUAACAAUAAACAA